AAUGGACAAGACCAUUCGUUAUGAACGCGAAAAUAUUAACGAGUGUUGUGACGAUGUGCCCACCUGCAGUCAAGAUAUAAACAUCGGCAUUGAACGAAAACGAUCGAGACCUGGAAGAAGAUGCCCUUCGCCGGAUGUUUUGGCUCAGCUGCAGGCGUCGGACAAUCCUGAUGAGAUUCAAUUGGUGCUAAACGAAGUGAGGAAUGGCCGGAUCACACAAGCAGUGGAGUUCAUCUUCUCCCUGCGUCCAUUUCUCAAAGAUCGAGGGAAAAUUCUUAUCGACUCGAUGGAGAGGGAUUUAGCGGAUUUUCGAAAAUUAGUCGACGAAACUGUGGAUUACAGAGUACAAGAUGAAGGUGAUGUCAUGCAUUUUAGUCAGAAUGCCAUGAACGAAAAAUUGCACCAUCUGACGAUGCAGAUGAAGGAGAGAACCCUUAGUAUAAUGGAAAAAUUGCACAAAAUAUCCCCCAAGUUCGAUUGGAAAAACGAUGGCAAGGACAUGCUCAAGUUAUCGACAUUAAUUAAUAUUAAAGAGAAAAAUACUGGCGAAUUAGGUCCAAAAGAAAGUGUCGACUCGACUAAGAAUUUAAUCCACCAAAUAUUCAUUCGCAAUCAAUGGUUGAAACGGGAAUUGCACCGGCUGCAGGAGGAGAAUAACGACCUUAGAAUAUACUUCAAGAAAUCUAAGGACCUUGCGGCGGAGAGGCGAGUGGAGCAAAUACAAGUUCCUCGUAUGCUCGCCGAACAGCAGGAGAUGCUGGAGAAACGUCUCGACAAAUUGAAGGCGAUUUAUCACAAAAAUGCUGAAAAAAUUCAUGCACUACAUGUGAAUUAUGAGGAGCACAUCCAUACAUAGGAAAAUUUUAUGUCAUAGUAAAAUCAUCAACAAAAUUGGGCAGUAGUUGCGUCAUCAGUACUUAUCGUUAAUAUUAUACAUUCGUAAGGAAUUAAUCAAUUCCUCUUGUUCAGAGGCGACUAUCAUAUCUACAAA